GUAUGGAAUCACAUUUAACCACGUAUAUAAUUUAUUUGAUUUAAUUUUUAUUAAAUAAUAUUGUAGGAAGUCCACUUUAUAUGGAGAAUCCCAUUAUGAUUCUAAAACGAUUUUUUAAUCCUUUUUUAUAGGUAUUUUGUUUAUAAAAAAAAUCAAAUUGCUCGGUGCUUUCUCUUUUAGGAAGGAACAUAAAACAAAAAUAUACUAACGAUUCUGAAAAAGGAAAAAGAAAAAGAAAAAUCCAAGGAAAACAAAAGUUGCAACCAACCAAUAACUUAAACAGACAGUCUCAGUGAGAUACAUUAAUAACUCUUUCUUUAAUCAAAACACACACAAAAACCAAUACACACACACACACUCACACUCACACUCUCAGCUCACUCUCUGACUUGGACCAUCCUCAUCAUUCUCCAUGCUCCUUCAAUCUUAGCCGUUAAUCUCCCCUCUCACAUGACUCUUAUGUUCUUCAAAUCUAGGGUUUCCACCGUCAACCACCACCACCACCACGACGCAUCCCCAAUCUCCAUCCAUGUCACCGCCACUCCCCCACCGCAGUCACCUUCCUUGCCCUCAUUUAGCCGAAUUCCAUUCCCGCAACGGCUCCAAACCCUUCCGCUUCCUCCAAGACUGCCUCCGCAUAAAACCACCAGGUGGCCGCGCCGCCAUACGCCGGGAGCCCUCCGAGGUUCCCCGCUGCGGCGCGUGCGGCGAGUCAUCCCGCCCCCGACUCUAUGCUUGCGUCACAUGCGCAACGAUCUCGUGCCACGCGCCUCCUGGCCCUUCCCACGCGGCAGCACAUGCCACGUCACCAGGACACGAGAUCGCGGUGGACGUAGAUCGGGCAGAGCUAUUCUGCUGCGCGUGUCGUGAUCAGGUAUACGAUCGUGAUUUCGACGCUGCGGUCGUUUUGUCGCAAACGACGUCCUUUAAAGCCGCCGGUAAUGCUAUAUUAUCUUCGAAACCUGAAAAUCUGCGUAAAAGACGGAGGGUUGACUACCGACCCUGGCGUCCUGACGUGCGAGAUCGGAUGUUGAUGGAAUCGGGCUCUAGUCCGUUGGAGUAUAGCUCUGAAAUGCCACGUGGACUUCGCGGUUUGAAUAAUUUAGGAAAUACAUGUUUUAUGAACUCGGUGUUACAGGCAUUGCUUCAUACGCCGCCGUUGAGGAAUUAUUUUUUGAGUGAUAGGCAUAAUAGGUAUUAUUGUCAGCAGAUGAAGAAUGGUGUUAAUAAUGGUGCUUUUAAUAAUAAUAGUAAUAAUAAGAAUGCCAAGCUGUGUUUGGCUUGUGAUCUGGAUGCAAUGUUUUCAGCCGUUUUUUCCGGUGAUCGGAUGCCUUAUAGCCCUGCUAAGUUUUUGUAUAGUUGGUGGCAGCAUGCUUCUAAUUUGGCAAGUUAUGAACAACAGGAUGCACAUGAAUUUUUCAUUUCUAUGCUUGAUGGUAUCCAUGAAAAGAUAAAGGUGGAGAAGGAUCUAUGCAAGCCCCACAGUCAAGGCCAUGGAGACUGUUGUAUUGCUCAUAGAAUUUUUUCUGGUAUCUUGCGAUCUGACGUCAUGUGUAUGGCUUGUGGUUUCACAUCUACUACAUAUGACCCAUGUGUGGACAUCUCACUGGAUUUAGAGCCACAGCAAGGAGGUUUUGGGAAGCAUGCAUCUAUGAAGGCACAUCAUUCUUGCAAUGGUGAGACAGAUUGCAUGGGUGCAAGCCAGAACUGUGGGAUAUCUACCCUGAUGGGGUGUUUGGACCGAUUUACUAGACCUGAGAGAUUGGGGUCUGACCAAAAAUUCUUCUGCCAACAAUGUCAGGUGAGGCAGGAGUCUCUCAAACAGAUGUCUAUAAGAAAACUUCCUUUAGUUUAUUGCUUCCACAUCAAAAGAUUUGAGCAUUCUUCGAUACGUAAAAUGUCAAGGAAAGUUGACCGUUAUUUGCAAUUCCCUUUUUCGCUCGACAUGACACCUUACCUUUCUUCUUCAAUUUUGAGGAAUCGAUUUGGUAACAGGAUUUUCCCAUUUGAUGGAGAUGAACCAGAUGCUUCAAAUGAGAUGUCAUCAGAGUUUGAGUUGUUUGCUGUUGUCACACACACAGGCAAACUUGAUGCUGGUCAUUAUGUGACCUAUUUACGCUUAAAUAAUCAAUGGUACAAGUGUGAUGAUGCUUGGAUCACCCAGGUCAAUGAAAAUAUUGUGAGAGCUGCUCAAGGCUAUAUGAUUUUUUAUGUACAGAAGGUGCUUUAUUAUAAAGCAAGUGAGAAUCAGCUAGCCACAUAAUAUAUAAUGACUAGAAUGGUGGUGGUUUACUCAAAUUGCAUUGUAAGAUGUAAUUAAUGAAGUCAUGAUGGACACAAAAUUUCACAUCGGUGAGAUCCCAUGUCUAGUUUCUAAACACAGGAAACAAAUGUUGAAAAGCUGCUGUUCCUGUUGGUGAAGCUGAAGAAGCAUUGCGCUGCUUUCAAGUUUUGCAAGUCAUAGUUUAUUAUACUUGGAACACAAAGUGAGCCUGAAUUUUUGAAGUGCUUGAACAUUUGGGAAAUUAAUUUAUGAAGGUAUGAGUUUCUCUAAAUUAUUUCCUGAUAAUUUUUCCCUCUAGAGGGUGUUUUUUUCAAUCUUCUGCUCAUUCAAGUGUUGUUGGUGGGUUGAUUCUUUUUUGUCAUUGAUCCUCUCAGAAGUUGCAAUGCUUGGGAGCAUAGUUCAAUAUUUUGUACUAAUCCUACUUGGCAUAUAUAUGUCAAAAAUCUGAUAUAAGAGUUCACUUUCUUUUGC